AAAACAUGCACGCACACACCAAACACACCAAAUGUGCGCACACACACACACAGCUAGUUUACACUUACCUGUACAAACUUAAAAUGGUCAAAUAAACUAAGCCAAGCACAGAGAAAGUGCAACAGUUGGGUUCUGGGCAGAACAGGGAGGAGUUGAGAGAUAACAUUUAGCUAAAGUGAAAGUAUAAACUGCAUAACUCUCCUGCUCCUCAUCACUCUACACACAGCUACACUCAGUCCACCUUCUGUCAAGAGGGGAAACACUCCCAGAAAUGUCCACCUCCAGCAAUGUCUUGUCUGAAGAGCAGUUCCUGUGCUCCAUCUGUCUGGAUGUGUUCACUGAGCCAGUCUCUAUUCCAUGUGGACACAACUUCUGCAAGGCCUGUAUCAGCGGAUACUGGAACAGCACUGCCCUGUGCCAGUGUCCACUGUGUAAGGAGACAUUCAACAGAAGACCUGAACCAAAAACCAACACAACACUCAGAGAUGUUGCAGAUCAUUUUAAGAGGAAGAAGGUCACGGACGGAGAGGAGUCAUCUUCCAAUCCUGGAGAAGUAGCACAAGUGCAGAAGAUGAUCCAGGAGCGACUGCAGAAGGUUAGGGAGAUCAAAUACUCAGUAGAGCUCAGCCAGAGAGAUGCAGAGAGAGAGAUAGCAGAAAGUGUAGAGGUCUUCACUGCUCUGGUGCGCUCCAUUGAGAGAAGUCAGGCAGAGCUCAUUGAAGUGGUUGAGGAGAAGCAGAAAGCAGCUGAGAGGCGGGCUGAAGGGCUCAUUGAAGAGCUGGAGCAGGAAAUCACUGAGCUACAGAGGAGAGGCACUGAGCUGGACCACCUCCAGAACUCCCCAUCCCCAUACCUCCCCACACACACCAAGGACUGGUCUGAGAUCAGUGUUCCCAGGGAUCUGCAUGUAGGAACUGUGAGGAGAGCUCUGUCUCAGCUGGAGGAGACAUUUCUGAAAGAGAUGGAGAAGUUGUGUAAUGCUGAGCUGAGGAGUUUACGGCAGUGGUCAGUGGAUGUGACUCUGGAUCUUGAUUCAGAACACCCCAUGCUCAUUGUGUCUGAGGACAGGAAACAAGUGCGCUAUGGAAAUACAUGGCGGAAUAUCCCUGACAACCCAAAGAGGUUUGAUCAACGUCUAGCUGUCCUGGGAAAGGAAGGCUUCUCCUCAGGGAGAUUCUAUUUUGAGGUUCAGGUUAGGGGGAAAAUUGAAUGGGUGUUAGGUGUGGCCAGAGAGUCCAUCAUCAGGAAGGGCCCAACAGCUAAAAGCCCAGAUGGUGGACUCUGGGCUCUGUAUAUGAAGGGUGAGAAUAAGUAUGAGGUCAAGGAAACCCCCCCUAUCCCCCUCUCCCUCAGCCAGAAACCCCAGAAGGUCGGGGUGUUUGUGGAUUACGAGAAGGGUCAGAUCUCCUUUUAUGAUGUAGAAAACAGGUCUCAUAUCUACUCUUUCACUGGUUGUACCUUCACUGAGAAACUAUAUCCAUACUUGAACCCCUGUGAUAAUUCUGAGGGUCCAAACACAGCCCCAUUGGUCAUCUCUCCUGUCAAUCACACUGACUGAAUUAGUGUCCAAUAAAGCAACAGAUAACUUAAUCUGAUUGAGCAAAUAACAAUUAGGCUAAGACAUGCAAUUGUAAAGAGUG